UAGUUUGCAACACGAAAAUGUAAAUACUGGGUAGACAUUUAUCAUUGUCCUCAUGAGCGUGACUCAAUGUCACACCGCACAUUUCUACCUGUUAAAUAUUAGCUACAAAAAUCGUAUUUAAUCUCCGAAUGGAAUGAUGGCCAGGCACGGCCAGGUUGAUGUGCAUUACAUAAAUCCAUAGUCUAUACACCCUUUUACAAUCGAAACGGGAAGGAAAAAAAAACUUCUCUGGGACCCAAAGGAUGACAUCACAAUUUCAAAUCCCCCACCCAGCAAAACAGAGCUCGGGGCCAGGCAAGUGAAUUCUUACACUAACAUCCAAGUUGAGUAAAUCUGUGGCGAGGCACCGAGAAACAAAUAGAGUACGAGACAGAGCGCUCCAAACUGGCAGAUAAAAAACUCCAUGCAGCGAUCAUUUUCUGUUCGGUGCACCGCAGAGGCUGGAAGACCGAGAAAACGAGCUAUAAGAAAGAAGAUGUAAGAGUCCAAAGAUUGUACAUCAGAGCUUUUCUUUCAUAUAAGGAGUUAUAAUACAUCAGGGGUUUUAAUAUCAUCACAAGAAGGAAAGAAAGGCUUUGAACUGUGCAACACCUGGAACGUUUUCAGAAGCGCAGAAGAUGAUCAACCCGCUUUGGAGCCACUCUGCACAAAGGAUUUAGUUGAAACCAGCACAAGUCCAAACUUCUGAGACCAAGCUAUGGAAAAGCUCUGCCAUCUCUUAUCAAUAACGACAUUUUUGUCUUUAAUUCGAGCCCGUUUUCAGGUUUAUGGUGAAUUUGGAAACCCGUCUGAACAUCCAGGUCUGAAAAUUUUAGCCAGUGCGUCACACUACUGGCCCCUGGAUGCAGUAGAUGGGAUAUAUGGACUGUGGGAUGUAAUUGGAAACCGAACAGGUCAUAUUAAUGGAAAUAAUAUAACUCUCAGAAUCCACAAUCACACUGUGCUCCCUUCCCAUAAUUCUACCUCUGUGUAUACCAAUGACUCUGCCUACACUAACAUUUCUGCAACUGUGGAUAUUGUAGAGGGGUUGGUAGACAAAGGGGUUUUUCUGAAUGGAGAUGAUGGAGCCACAUUUUUACAUUUUGGGACUUAUAAGAACUCUUGUAUUAGUGACCCAGCCCUCUGUGGACCUGAAGGAGUCACAUUCUCCUUUUUCUGGAAGACCCAUGAAACUCAGUCCCGCGUUGCAAGUUCCUCAGGAGGAAAGGUGAUUUCCAGUGGCUUUUUAGUCUGUGUCAAUGCCCACAUGGGCUAUGUCGAAUUCUACACCCCUGAAAACUCUCGCAGAUGGAGAGCAGACAUCAGCCUCCCAGGGCUGUACUGGAUAAACAUACUAUUCACGUGGACCCUGGACAGUGGCCUGAAGGUUUAUAUCAAUGGAACAUUUAAUGUCAGUGACCCAAGGGGUAGCAUAUCCAACAACUAUGGAGAUCCUCAACAGGAAGUGGUCAUUGGAACAGGCAACGGCCAAUCCUAUAGGCAUUAUGUAACGGGGGCAUUUGAUGAGUUUGUGAUCUGGGAAAGAGCCCUAACUCCCGAAGAAAUCAGACUGUAUUACAUGGCUGCCACAGGGCAGCCAGUUUUGAUGUCUACAACACCCUUUGUCCCAAACUCAGCCAGUGCUACAGUACCUCCCAUGGCCUCUACUGAUGCUUACCAUCCAAUAAUAACAAACCUGACAAACAAGGCCCAGAACUUUCACUAUCCGGUGCAAAUGCUUGGCUUUCUGGAAAAUGUUUCCAUCAACCUUCCCAACAAGACUAUUCCUGAAAACACUGCCUCCAACUUGACUGAGGCAUUUUUAAAGACUGUUGAAGAGGUACUUUCCUUACCUGGGUGGCCUGAUGAGUCUACCCCAGUAGCCAGUGGUUUGAUUGAGACAGUUGAAAAAGUCAUGUUACACAUGGUUUACAACCUUGAAUCCAGUACCCAGACUGUCAUAUCCAUUGAUGGGACCUCAUCAGUAGCAGAUUAUUCUCUUGUAAAGAUCCCACAGAAAAUGAACAUGUCCCAUUACCGCUUUCCCAUUAAGGGAAAGAACUAUAUUUCUGUGCCUGGGGAAGCUUUCACACACAACUCACAAACAACCAUUGUGGGACUCUUCUACCACACCAUGCACAGAUACUACAAGAAAAUCAACCCACUCAGCACAGAAAUUAAUGAGGCUGCGGAUUUCAAAGAUUGCCAGAUCCAAGUGAACAGUUACCUGAUUUCCCUGAAGGUCGAACCCCCUCCUGCACUGUCUGUCAACCUCUCAGGAUCCCCCCUCAUCAAAAUCGUCCUUACACAUUUACUGAGUUCGGAGCAGUACAGCCUUGCAGCCAACAAAAGUAAUAGGGUGUUUCUCUAUUGUGCCUUUCUGGACUACAGUUCUGGAGAUGGAGUGUGGUCCAACAAAGGCUGUGUCCGUUCCGGAGGAAACCUUUCAUACUCCAUCUGCUUGUGCAAUCACCUCACCAACUUUGCAAUCCUCAUGCAGGUGGUGCCACUUGAACUCAGUCGUGUACACCAGGUGGCGCUGUCUUCUAUCAGCUACAUUGGGUGCUCCAUCUCCAUUUUCUGUUUGACCAUCACUCUUGUCACCUUCGCCAUCCUCUCAUCUGUGAGCACAAUCCGUAACCAGCGCUACCACAUCCAUGCCAAUUUGUCUUUCGCUAUCCUGGUGGCUCAGAUCCUGCUUCUAAUCAGUUUCCGGUUUGAUUCAGGAACGCUGCCCUGCAAAAUUAUGGCCAUUCUGCUUCACUUUUUCUUCUUGAGUGCAUUUGCCUGGAUGUUGGUAGAAGGUCUUCAUCUUUACAGCAUGGUGAUCAAAGUGUUCGGGUCUGAGGAAAGCAAGCAUUUCUAUUACUAUGGGAUAGGCUGGGGUUCCCCUCUAGUGAUCUGCAUCGUGUCUGUGACGUCAGCCCUGGACAGCUAUGGAGAAGUGGGAAACUGUUGGCUUUCCCUUGAGAAUGGAGCCAUCUGGGCAUUUGUUGCACCUGCCCUGUUUGUCAUAGUGGUCAACAUUGGUAUCCUCAUAGCCGUGACGAGAAUCAUCUCUAGAAUUAGUGCUGAUAACUACAAGGUGCAUGGAGACGCCAAUGCAAUCAAGCUGACUGCCAAAGCUGUUGCUGUCCUCCUUCCUAUACUGGGAAUUUCAUGGAUAUUUGGGGUCCUGGCAUUCAAUGACCAUGCCCUGCUAUUCCAGUACAUGUUUGCUAUUUUUAAUUCCCUACAGGGGUUCUUCGUAUUUCUUUUCCACUGCCUUCUCAACUCUGAGAUCAGAGCUGCCUUUAAACACAAAACCAAGGUUUGGUCUCUAACCAGCAGUUCCAUCCGCAACAUCAAUGUGAAACCUUUCAACUCAGACAUUAUGAAUGGAAACCGUCCUGGAACAACACCCACAAAAAUGAACACGUGGGAUAAGAGCACAAACUCUGCAAAUCGCAUUGAUUUGUCAGCUGUGUAACACACAGCUUGGAGUGCAUCAGUUGACUUUUGAAGAAAACAAAAAUGAGAAAUGAGGGAAGAAAAUGAAUUGGUGUAAAUAGAAAACUAACACUGGCUAAUUCAAACAGGUGAACCUUUCAACGAACGCUUCACCAUAACCAGAAAUCAGGAAGAGUUAUUCAUACUGUAUAUGCUUUCAAUGGAGUUUAUGACAAGCAAACCCUUAUAAAAUUCAUCACUGUUUAAUUUUUUAGUAAUCUGGAAAUGUAAGUAUAGUAAUGCCAUAUGAGGGAUAUAAAAUAUAUGCUAAUCUUUUGGAAAGGCCAGCAAAUCCUUAGCCAAAUUAAACUGCAUAUAUACAACAAAAUUACAAUUCUCCAAAUUAAAUCCAAACUUCUAGUAUAUAAACAGACAGUCUACAGAAGACUGCGUGACAACAGUUUAUUUAAGAUUUUAGGUUUGUUUAGAGUUAUACUUGAGGCAGGAUUCCAGUGCAAGAAGUGUUUAUUACUGCAUUGACGCUUGCCUAAGAGAUCACUAAACAUGUGUGGUGAUAGAAAGACAGUAUUGAUGACAAAGCUUUUAGUUCAUUUAUGACGAAGCAAAUAUCCCUUACAGCUUCAGUUCCUUGAAAAGAUUAUAUUUGCUAUGCCUUCUGAACACCCAGUACUAAAGGCUUAUUAAAUAUAUUUUUGAGAUAUUUCAGCACUGCAGAUCAGUUUUCUCCCUUGUGCUUUAAAGGGGAUCAUUUGGUUUAACUGAUUUGAGGUCUAUCAUGACAUUUUCAGUGUUGUUCCUCCUGCAGCAAAAUAGAAAUGAAAAUGAAAAAGCAUUUGAUUUCUUUAAAAAGGAAACAAGAGACUAGGUUUUUGAAAAAUGAUGAUAUCCUCCUGCCUUUUAGAUUACUCUACUAAAGUAGUGUACAGUAAGGUACAAAUACAGUAGCAGUCAAAAACAAAUAAAGAAUGACUUAGAUUUAUUAUUUUCACCCUUGUACUGAAAUUCUUGAUUCUUGUAUUUGCAUUUCAUUUUAAUCAAAGUCAGACCUAACCAAAAAUGAACAAAAAAAAAGCUUUGUCUUAGAGCAGUGAUAUUCCAGAACCCACCCAGACACACAUAAAAAAUAUUCACCUGCCAUGAGAGACCACAAGGACACUGCUUCAUAAUCAGUUUUUCUCUGCGCAGCUGUUUAAAUCUGUAUAUUCAUUGGCCUUUUGUCAUAAAUAAAUCUGAUUUUGAGUCUGCCUACACAUACUGUUUCUAUUUGGUUUUCCUAGGCUGGCAACACUGAUAAUACAGGGUUGUUCUGUCUUGGCUUUGGUUUGAAUAAUGAUACAGUUGGAACUUCAACUUAUAUGCAAAAUUGAUAAAACCAGAACAUUUUUGUUCAUGUCAUAUCACUCUGCAACUCACUUCUGGCAGCUCACUGAAGCUAAGCAGGUGUGGGCCUGGU